AUGGGUACAACUAUUUCCAUCCCCUUCUUCCCCAUCUCCGGCGACGAAAACCCUAACCCCACCGACACCGGCACCAUGUCACCACCCCAAUCCGACACCCCCACCACCCCACAACCCGAUCCCACAACCGAACCUUCUAAACCCCAAGAAACCCAAAACCCUAAUCAAGAAUCAACAAAUCCAACAAACCCAGAUGUAAUAACCGAUGAAAAUGGGAAUCAAGAAUCAGAAGAGGAAGGUGAAUGUGGGUUUUGCUUGUUUAUGAAAGGGGGUGAGUGUAAAGAGAGUUUUAUCAACUGGGAAAAGUGUGUUGAAGAAGGUGAAAAGAAUGGUGAAGAUAUUGUGGAUAAGUGUUUUGAGGCUACUUCUGCUUUGAAGAAGUGUAUGGAGGCUAAUCAGGAUUAUUAUGGUGUGAUUUUGCAAGCUGAGAAGGAUGCUGAAGAGGAAGUUAGUAAGCAGUUGGAUCAACAGAAAGAAAGUGGUGUUGCGGGUGAGUCGAAUUCUGAGUCGAGUUCAUCGGAGAAGAAAGAGGAACAGGAACAGGAAAAAGCAUAG